CAAUCAACCGUCCUGGCGGGUCUUGAGCUGUUGUUGCUCCGGACUGUCACAGUUUUCUUUAAACAUUAUAACACUACUACACGGUAUGGCGUCGUUUGUGACCGAAGUGCUGGCCAGCUCCGGCAAACUGGAAAAAGAGGACCUGUCCGGCAAAAUAAGCAAAAUGUCGCGCAAAGUGGAAGAUACGAAGGAAGAAGUAUGUGAAAUGAUAAACAAGAGGUACAGUGACUUCCUGCCGACUCUUCAAAGCUCAGAGGAUCUGAUGGUGCAGGUUGAGACAGUCUCCAAAGAAAUGGAUGCCCUUAAAAAUUGCAUUGAGACUGAGGUGCGACCGAAUAUCCACAUGGCUGUGGCUGACUAUACAAAGCUGAAGCAACAACUGGAGAAAAAUACUGUCAUCAUAACAAUGCUUGGACACCUUAAAGAGUUUCAUAGUGCAAUGGAGGAGUUCAACAAAGCUUUACUGGAGAAGAAGUAUGUUGAUGCAGCCAACCAGCUGGAAAGGGCGAGGGAUAAUGUGGAUUCACUGAAGAGCUGGAAGAUUUCUCAGCUGCCGCUGCUCAGUGCUAUCAGCUCUGAGCUGACGGUGCAGAGAGAAAACUUAAUUUAUCAUCUGGGAGAUGAGUGGAAGCGCCUCGUCAUCUGGACUUUACCAUCUUCAAAGGAACCUGCAGGUCAGAAGUCCUUCCUGAAGGUGGAGCUGAACCUGAGCAAUGCUUGUAGUAAAGACAGUGAACCAAAAAUAUCCGCUCUGCUGUGCUCCGUCCUGCAAGCUCUGGCCAUCCAGGGAGACCUCCAGCACAAGAUCAAACUUUUCAGUCAAGUGCUUUUAAAAAACAUGUUGAAGCCGCUGGUGAUGUACGAUUCGCUGUCAGUGAGGGUAACGGAGCAGCAGGACGAGGGAACCAUCUUGGCCUUACAGUGUUUAGAAGAGAGCCACGAGGAGCGAUCAACACCUUCACAGGUCUACAGCAAACUGCUCCUGGUGCUCAAGACGCUGCACUCACAUCUGCUAGAUGUUUCCAUUGGUGAUAAAAAGCUUGCGGCUAUCUUGGGUGAGCUGAUUUGGGAGGAAAUGUCCCAGUGCAUCAUCCACGAGUGUCUGGUCCACUCCAUCCCCACCAACAGCAGCCAGCUGGAGAAAUACAACACUGUGAUCAAGGAAACAGAAGACUUUGAGAAGUCUCUGAAGGAGAUGGAGUAUCUGCAGGGCGAUUCCACAGACCUGCUCAAAUAUGCCAGAGAUGUCAACUGUCACUUUGCUAGCAAGAAGUGCAAAGAUGUCAUCGUGGCAGCUCGCAAACUCAUGACCUCCAAGAUGCACAACACCGUCAAAAUUACACCGGAGUCAAAGCUGCGUCUCCCAAAGCUUCCUGCUGCGAGUUCGGAGGUGAAAGUAAAACAAGAAAACGUAAAGGAGGAGGCGACAAUGGAGAACUCAAAGCAGCUUUCUGCGUGGAGUCUGCGUCUGCCUGCCUGUCGCAUCAGUGAGUCUGUGCAACAGCUGAUGGAGCUCGCACUCAACACUCUGUGUGAAGCAGUAGGAAGCUCCACUCAAUGUGCACUACAGCUCUUCUUCACUGUGAGAAACAUUUUCCAGCUGUUCUAUGAUGUCGUACCAACAUACCACAAGGAGAAUCUGCUCAAGUUUCCUCACCUAGCUGCCAUCCAGCACAACAACUGCAUGUACCUGGCUCACCACCUGCUCACUCUGGGCCACCAUUUCAGAAACCACCUGCCACACCCCCUCAGCGACGGCGUGGCAACUUUUGUUGACAUGGUGCCUGGAUUCAGGAAACUGGGUGCCCAGUGCUUCCUAACACAGCUGAACGUUCAGAGAGCUGAACUGCUGGAAAGACUUUCCACCGCUCACAACUUCUGCAACCUGGAUGAUGAAGACAACUACAUUGCAGCCAGCAAGGCAGUGAGACAGGUCAUUCACCAGUUGAAGCAGCUGGGUACAGUGUGGCAGGACGUCCUUCCAGUCAGCAUCUAUUGUAAAGCCAUGGGCAACCUCCUCAACACUGCCAUCACAGAAGUCAUUGCCAAGAUCAUGAUGCUCGAGGAUAUUUCAUCUGAGGACGGGGAACACCUCCACACUCUAUGUCAGACCAUCAUUGAGGAAGGACCGCUGGUCUUCAUCCCUCUGGCCGAGGAGCACAAGAACAAGAAGUAUCAGGAGGAGGUGCCACUCUACGUGAAGAAGUGGAGUACGUUCAAGGAGCUCGUCAUCGUGCUGCGAGCAAACCUGCAGGAGAUUGUCGACAGGUGGGCUGACGGUAAAGGUCCGCUGGCGGUGGAAUUCUCCAGUUCGGAGGUGAAGAGUCUGAUCCGAGCCUUAUUUCAGAACACAGAGAGGAGAGCUGUUGCUCUGACCAAAAUCAAAUAGAUUCUUGGAACACAGAAACACCAAGAAGAUACUAUAGCACUUUUUCCUCUUUGGAAAAUACGACUCACGCCUUUAUUCAUUUCUGUUUUCUGUUAUAUCCAUAGAUAUAAACAUUUACAUGUGUGUAGGCUGAACGGUUUGAAAUGGAUGCAUCGUGUGGUGGAGUUUCUGUCUCUGGAGUUAUCAGCUUGGUGUAAUCAAUCUGUGCUUCUUCUCAGCACUCUGACUGCAAUUAGUCCUACAGAGAUUACACGAAGGCUUCUUUACAUCAGCGUCCUGCAGCCUCAGUCAUAUAGCUUUGGGGCUUUACCACCACAAAGCCAACUGGGGUUGUGUAACCAGUGACUUAACAUCUGUUGACAUGUGCUGCAAGAUUCAGUGUUAACUUUGCUGCACGUCAUUAAUCAAACUUUUCACCCUGGUUUGUUUCAGAGGUCUCGGCUUUUUGUACUGGUUGUACUGACUGAGUCUAUUUGAUGACAUUUGUUUAAACACGAAAAUGACGAUGAAGUUCUGACAAACGCACUCUGGACCUUACGUUUAUUAUUAAGGAUUCACAUGUACAAGCCAUUAACCCGAAAUCCUCAAUAAUGUAUUUAUUUCUUGUCCAAAUAAACCCAAAGACUCAGAACGUUUUCUAAA